AUGCCGCACAAGCGAGAGCCUGGCGUGAUGCCAGACGCCAAUCCUCCACUCAAGGGUCGUCACAGCGAUGACAGCCAUGACCAUUCCACCAUUCUGCCGCUCACCUUUCGCAAGCCAUCCGGUGGUCUAUUGAGCAUCGUACAAGCUCUUUCGUCCAUCCUCUUCAAAGCAACCGUCUAUAUCUUCCUACGUUGGAUCCCUACCUCGCUCGCGUACCCCGUUAUUCCCACCUUGUACGCCGUGUAUGUCGUCCUCUCUAUCUAUCGCGACCUUGUCAUCCGUAACGCUAUCGCCGAUCAUCUCUCCAAGCAGCAGGCAGCCGCUGCUCGAGAUCUUCAACAGCUCGCCAACAAUGUACAAGUCACCGACACCAAGAUCCAGACAAAAGCCACGGCCAAAGCGGUCGAGAACAAGCCUUCUGGUCAAAAUGGAGGCUCUCCUGCAAAAGCUCAUUCCUCCUCCGCAUCUUAUGCCGACGUCGCUAAGGGCGUCAAGUCCGCUCCUGAUAAACUUUCCUCUUCAACGUCCACUUCCACCUCCAGCAAGGAGACUGUACACUCAAAGUUGCCUCGCACUGGGCCUUUCGAGCUCCUCAAAGCCAUCCUCCUCGGAACUUCGACUCGGUCCUCGCGUCUCAAUUUAAAUGUCAUCUUGGCCCACACGCUCGUCUUCAUUCUCUUCCUCGACAGCUUCUUAUCUCCCUACCUAUUCCCCUCACACUGGGAUUACAACCUUGCCUUUGCCCGUACUGGCGCUGUUGGCCCGACCUAUGCCAAGAUCCACGUUCGUUACCCGCCACCUGAGCUUGCAGGGGGUCCCAACGCUUCGACUGUGCUGGCUUCACCCCUCGGUAACUCGCUCGACAGCCUUUCCAUCGAGACUCCAUUUGCCUCCUCCCCAUCAGUUCAGCAACCGGCUCAACCUAUCGAGCUGCUCGUCAAGUACCGACGCGCUCUCAACCUGACACAAGAGGACGACGCCUUCCGCAAGACCAGCCGGGCGUAUGGCAAGCCGUACCUAGCCAAUCACGAAAGCCUCUGGCUCAAUGGUCCCCUCAUCACUUUGCGUUCCGAAAAUGACUGGACUACCACUGCUCUCAUCGAAGAUCUCUGGCCAUCCACGACGUACGAGUGGGGUCUAUCUCAGUUCCAACCUGAGCACCUUGACCAAACGUCUGACGAGGUCCGCGUCAUUGAGAAGUUUGUUGCCAACGAUGAGAUCAGCCGUCGCAACUUCUUCACUACAUGGCCUGACCCGAGGUUGAGCGCUUACAUGCAAUCCAAGAGCCUUGGCUCUCGACGCAUCGACCUCUCCGAAGCUGCUCAGGAGCUAGUUGAAGAGACAAACCCGCUCGAGGACCCCAACCACUUCACAUUCGCAUCGACUUCGUGCGUCAAGCCAGACUUUCCUUACCAUCCCGCACAGUUCUGGGGCUGGAACUGGCUCCUCAGGCUCGCUGGAAUCGGUACUGAAGCUGGUGGCAUCACGGAGCGCAAUCGAAUUCCUGGCUUCGACCUGCUCUACAAGAGGACUGUGGCUGGUCGAGAGUCUCACCCCUCAAUCCGCUUCUUGCUGCAGCUCGGCGACCUCAUCUAUGCCGAUGUGCCGCACUACGGUGGUGCCGACACGGGCGCUUACCGCAAACUCUACCGCAACCUGUUUGCGUCCAAUAGCUUCCGUCGCUUCUUCAAGCACGUGCCUGUCGUUGGCAUCUAUGACGAUCACGAGGUAGUCAACAACUGGUCUGGUAGGGAUGAGAACGAUGAAGAGAUUGCUGCUUACUCUUCUGCUAGCACAGCAUGGAAGGAGUACAUUGGCGAUGUCAACCCGGAGCCGCUUGAGCAGGGAGAGAACUACUAUACCUUCCAGUAUGGAGAGUCGGCCGCAUUCUUUGUCAUGGACACGCGCCGCCACCGUACACACCACACUGCCGAUGACGAUGAGGACAAGACGAUGCUGGGCUACCGACAGAAGGAGGAUCUGUACAAGUGGCUUGCGGCGGUCAACGAGACAGUCGCAUUCAAGUUUGUUGUCAGCUCCGUCCCUUUUAACACUUUGUGGGGUGGCGAGCUCGACGUGGAUGGACAAAAGGAUAGCUGGGCAGCCUACAAUGCCGAACGUCUCGAGAUAGCCGAAAUGCUUCGCUACGUGCCAAACGUCAUCGUCCUCAGCGGUGACCGACACGAGUUUGCGGCCGUCAGCGUUCACGACACCAUUACCGAAUUCAGCACAAGUCCACUCAGCAUGUUCUACCUUCCUGUCCGCACACUUUCUCAGGAUCAUGGCGACGGCAAGACAGGGGUCGACAAGCUGCUCAAGUAUCUUCCUGAUGGCAACUACAAAUGGACCGAGUUCGAGGUGGAUGCUCGCGACCCAUACAAGCCUGUUGUUCGUGUCUCGGUGCAAAUCGACGGAAAGGAAGCGUGGAAAACGACGUAUGUCGGCAAGUCGUUGCGAAAGACACAGGGUGGUGUCGGUGGAUUGGUCCGCAAUUUGCUCGAGUCGCUUGGUUUCAGGUUCGACUUCUUCUACAAGGUGUGA